UCAGCAAAUUUAGAUCCCCUUCCAUGGAUGGAGAAAAGAAGCUGCAGGUUAGGAGGAUAGACUCAGUGGAGACACAAUCAGAAUUGAAGAACUUCCAUGACCUCAUUCAAAAACGAUAUGGACCAUUUGGAAAGUGUAUCCUGUUCCCGUCCCCAGUGGGAGAUGGGGGUGUGGUCUGCCUCACCAGUCGCUCAGAGAAGCUGUUCCAGAUGCUCAGGAUUGAGGGUCCACUGAUUAAACUGAUCCUCGGAAACUGUCAGGCUCACGUGAACAACUACAAGGACAGUGGUCUUUACUCAGCACUCCUCGCAACAAAGUUGAUCACAAGCGGACUCUCUAUUGAGGCAAAUCGUUACAAGGUUGCUACGGUAACGAGCUAUUUCCUCUCAUUGGUCGCACAGUGGUUACACAGUGACACUUGUCCGUGUAAAACACCUCUCUCCUUAUCCUCCAUAGAACUGAUAUCACUAACUCGAACCUACCUCUCCUCAAAGACAUUCAAAUUCGGAGUCAAUCAACAGCAAGUUGAACACUUGUCCUCACUAUUGCUGCAAGCUUUUCUAAGUGUCCUGCCUCCUACUAUUGUCGAGUACUUCUCAUUCCCUGCACACAUCCAUGUGGUAACUCAUUCUGGACAGCCAUUGGUCAAGUCGACAUUGGUACAUGGUGUUGCCGUAGCGAUCAGUGACAAGCGGCUGGUGGCGCAGGUUGAGAAGCAAUUGAUUAAGAGAGAUAAUGAUGGGGAUAUCAUCACGGCAGUGUUUAAUGUGUCGCUAGCAGGAGACUUCGAAGAAAUUCUUCCGUCUGUCCCGAGUGCUGGCCUGUCAUCUCAACCAUCAUCUGUGAGCGUGGAGGCUCUGGUUUUGGAGGAGCUGCUCGGACUAGCAGAUACUCUGGCAAUGAGAGGAGUGGGGAUGCUAGGCUGUCAGAAAGUGGUGCACCCUCUACUCAAGGAGAGACUCAGAGAGCAGGGAGUGUUGGUGGUGGAGCGACUGUCAGCGUUGCACAUAGACUCUGUGGGAGAGGUCACAGGGGGCCAACUGAACAGUCUAAUCACCUCCGAAUCAUUGUGCCUGGGACGACUCAAGAGCGUCUCUCUAGCCAGAGUGGGGAAGGACAGGUUCUUGGUAAUGGAUGGUGGUGGUGGUGGUCACUGCACGCUGGUGCUCUGCUCUCCUACUGACACUCUAGCUGAUGAAUUAGAACCACUCUGCAGGAACACCAUCUCUCUACUGGAGCAGUCCCUGGGCUCACUGUUUGCUUUCCCUGGAGGAGGGUGCACUGACACUGUCAUAGCUCACAUGGCCACUCAGAAGGCUCUUGAGCCAGUGGACGAGGAGGUAAUGAUGGAGCUAGAGUGUGACAAAGGCAGCUACUCGGCAGUCUUGGGAAGCAUCUCUAAGUGUUUCUCCAGUAUGGCAACCAGUCUGGAGCACUACGGUGGACAAGUGCUGACGGACUCUCACUACCAUCACUGCUGGUCAUUCCCUCCUUACGAGUAUUGCACAUCACUCACCAACUCUCAACGUCAACAAUCUCGUAGCCACGUUGAUCACCAUGGAGAUAUGACACAGUACAAUGAUGGGACACCUACAAUACAAUCUCAUUGUCAAAAACCUGAUGAAGAUUCUGAAACUGUUGCUUAUCCUGCUCGGAAGUGCUGCUGUGGAUCGUUAACAUUGUCUAACUUGCCUCCAGGCACUAAACUUGUUGAGGCUGUUUCUAUGGACACCAUAGCAGUGCCGGACGAGAUAAAUCGUGCAAUGAAAAAUCUGACAAUGAACCAAACGUCUCGUGGGACUGCUAAAUUAUUGGACUUUGGUUUACCCAAAGUGAAAGCUAUAGAAACCGCUGGAGAAAUUGCUGCAACUAUAUUACAAAUUGGUUUCUGUGUACAGUAAAAUCUUGCAAAAAUCUAAUUACCACGUAAAACAUCUAUUAUAAUAAUUAUGUUGCAAUCAGCCACGCCUACCUGCUUCUCC